AUGGGAACCAGAGCAUUAUCACAUGAAAGUAUUUUUAGCCCAGAGGGCUCAACAGGCGAUGGAGCAAUGGCAAAAGUGACAUCCGAGGAAAACCUCCCAGGAAAAGUGCGAAUCCUUCAGAAUCAACUGGCAAAAAAUAUCAAAUUUGGCCAGCACCCCCUGAUUCUCACUGGGAAAAGAAUGGAAGAUACUGGAGCCAAUUCAGAGGUUGAUCGAUUUCUUCGCAGUCCAUUGCAACAACCUGUUCUGCAGGAAAGCAAAUUACCAGCCUCAACCACUAAGUCCAAUGACCCAUCCAAUUGUCUAAGCUCCUUGAGUUUAGAUGAAACAGAAGUUGAAGCAGAAGAGCAGGUUUCAACUGUUCGAUCUUCAUGGCCCAGUAGAUCUCUGUCAUUAGUGACUUCUGGUGGGACCAUUGAAUCAAUUAACCUGGAUGCUGUUCCACAGUCUGUGAGCCGCCUGGACAACACUGCUGCGAAACAUAAACUUUCUGUCAAGCCAAGAAAUCAAAGGAUCUCAAAGAAACAUGGGAGACUUGCACAGGAAAUGCGGAGCGCGACGAUCCAUGAAUUUGACUUUGCACUGGAAGAGAAGGAGACGAUUUGUGUUGUGAAGGACCUAAAACAUUACAAAAUAGAAGAGGGAAAAGGACAAGGAGAGAAAAACCAUCUUAAAGGUGGGAAGGAAAUAUGCAGAGAUGAAACAAAGGUGCUCAAUAGGCAGGAGGCAGAACAAAGCCAUUCUGAGUUGGAGGGGCAAAAGAGAUGGGAAGACAACCAACAGGAAACUGAAGAACAAAUAAUGCAAGAAGAAGAUCAGAUACAUUAUGAAAUGGAAAAGCAGAAACUAAAUGAGGAAGAAUUAAAUAGGGAAGAACAGAAAUGUGGUGAAUUAGAGGAGCAGAAAGCACAUGAGAAAGAACAAAAGUUUUAUGAAGUGGAGAAGCAAGGAAUACACGAGGAGGACCAAAAAUGUUGUGAAAUGGAGAAACAGAAGUUAUAUGAGGAAGAACUGAAAUUUCACAAAUUGGAAGACCAGAAAUUACAUAAAGAAGAAGCGAUAGGUGAAACAGAGGACGACCCACCAUUUGAGGAAGAGCAAAACUAUGAAGUAAAAGAGCAAAAGUUGGAUGAGGAAGAAGAAAAAUGUGAACCGAAGGAGCAGAAAUUAUAUGAGGAUAAAAAAAGAUACGAUGAAAUGGACAAACUGAAAAGUGAUGCAGAAAAGCAACAUCAUGAGUUGAUGGAGCUGGAAAUGAAAAAAGAGGAACAAAAAUGUUUUGAGGUAGAAGGUCUGAGGAAAGAAGACCUACAUUUCCAUGCUACUGAAAACAACCAAUUGACUGAAGAGCAAAGAAAACACAGUUUGGAAGAACAGAGACAACAGAAAGAAACAGAAAGACAGCAUGAUUUGAAGAAACAACAAAGGGAAGAACAGAGUCAAAAGGAUGUUGAGCUGUUAAAUCAAGAAACGCAACAACUCAUUGAGACACAAGAAGAGGAGCAACGCAGAGGGGAACUUAGAUGGAAGGAGGUAGACCAAAGACAAAGAAUGUCGAGUCCAUUUUCAUUCCAAGUUUCUUCAGGAGAAAAGCAAAUCAUUUUUCAGAAAGUUAAUCUGACCCCUGUGACCCAUCCAAGAGAAGCUGUUUCUUCUUUAGAUGUGAAUGAGUUACAGGCCUCUACAAAAUCAAGUAACGGCCUUUCAUCUUCAAUUUAUGUUCCUCAUACUGCCAUUUUGGUUACAGGAGCACAGCUUUGUGGUACAGCCGUUGAUCUGAAACAGAUCAAAGACACAGCUUGCAAGACUUUGCUUGGUUUUUCAGAAGAGAGAAAAACUGUUGAUUUACCACCUGUUGAAAAGCCAUCUAAAUCCAAUCAGGGUGCCAGAAGUAGAAUUGGUAAAUCCAAAUUCAAUCCAGAACCAUCAUUCGAGCAGGCAAGAUCAUCAACUUUAACUGAGUGGGCUACCAUUAGGGCUAAAAUACUUAAAAGUUCAGAUGAAAGGUUUCAAGAAAGAAGAGUACAUGGGAGAUUUAGUGAUGACUGGACUACCUUCAGAGCUUCCAGUAUGCAUAGCAGCUUGAGAAAAACUUUAUCUGCGAAUGCAAAAUUCUCCAUAACACCUGCAUGGCAGAAAUGGGCAGAUGGCAAUAAGAUCAACAAUUCUGAGAAAAUGAAUGUCUCGCACAAAGCAGAGAAACAAACUACACCAGAGGAAACUGUAUUUGCACAUAAUCGCGCAUUGGAUUUUUCUGAACCUAGUGGGCCAUUGACGUCCGAAAACAUUGCACAAGAUGCAACCAAAGACACACAAGAUGACUCACACUCAGAUAAUCACAAUAUUAAGAUAGAGGAUGUUGCCGAAGGUUACAAGUUUGCCAAAGAUCUUCCAUCGUUUCUAGUUCCAAGUCUUCCUGCUGUGCAAAGGAAAGAGCAUUCACUCCCGCAAGCUCAACCUCCAGUUAUUAACCAAGCUGCUACCAAUGUGAUCACACAAACUGAAGGUGCAAUGGAUACAUCCCCAUUUGGUAUAAAAUUACGGAGGACCCACUAUUCCCUUCGGUUCCACUAUGAACAGCAAGGAGAACAAAAACGGAAGAAACGAUAUAGUGCUGGAGACAGUAUGGAAGGAAUUCCAGUACUCCUGGCCUCAAAAGAAAAAGAAGGUGAAUCAUACACUGUUUCUGGUAAGCAAUUCUCUUAUAACAAAGAUAAUAAGGUUAGUAACAUUUUGAAAGACAGCUCAAAUAGCAUUUCAGACAUUUCACAGACUGGGAUUACGCAUCUAAGUAGUAUUGACGUGGCAAAACAUGUUAAAAAUAAACUUGCCACACGUUCAAAUGAGAAAGUUUCAUCAAGGCCACAACCAUCUCCGAAACCUGCUUUAGCACCCAAGCCUAUACGGUUCACUCCACCUCCGUCCCCUCACAAUACCUUAAACAAGAGCGCAGAUCAUAAAAACACAAAGAAUCCACUUGAUUCAAAUGUGAGAAAAGAAGACGGGAAGAAUGACACCUCAGUCCAACCAUACAGAUUAAGGAAUGAAGAAGUGGAAACAAAGGAUAUAAAAUCUUUUUUCCCAUCCAUCAACAUUCCAUGGCGAGAGAGGGCAGACAAAAAGUCAGACUCCAUUAAGAAAGAGAAACCUGUUCUUCAGAGCCGACAUUCCCUGGACAGCUCACGGCUUGUGGAUAGAGUGGAAUCUUCCCAGCCUCUAUGGAUCACCCUAGCGAUGCAGAAGCAGAAAGGAUUCCGUGAGCAGCAGGCCAGCCGAGAAGAAAGAAGACAAGCCAGAGAAGCAAAGCUAGCAGAGAAACAAACUAAGGAAAAUGUAUAUAGCCACUAUUAUUUCACUGUUUAA